CGCGUAUUUCGUUCGCAACCGUUCCUCAAACGCACGCAUUCUUCACUGGCAUACAAUCUCGCGCACUUCGCUCGUGACAAACAUCGUUACCGAACGCGUCCCCUUCGUGACUACACUUGAGCACCAUAACCCGUUGCCAAAAUGGGCGCCAUCAAGCUAGUUCUCUUGAUUCUUGCCACAAUCUUCUUUCCUCCCAUCGGCGUCUUCGCAGUCGCAGGCUGCGGCGCUGACUUCUUCAUUAACAUCUGUCUCACAAUCCUUGGCUACAUCCCCGGCCACAUCCAUGCCUUCUACCUGAUCUACGUCUUCUACGAGCGCAAGGACGAAGUUAAGAACGGGGUGUACAACCCGCGUCCCGCGUCAGGAAUAUUCAGCGAGCGUGUACUGCGCGGCGGGAGGCAUGUGCCGGCAGCGGUGCAAGUGCAGCAGCCUGUUGCACAACCGAACUCUGUUCCGCAGCCUCAGCCGGGCCAGGUGCUGCCGGCGCAGGCGUAUGGGACUGUUUAGGGAUACGAUUGUAUUCGGACCGCGAGGACCAGAUGUCACAACGCGGUGAUUGUCAAGUUCAAGGCGUGGGGACUUGCUUACAGCUGUUGACUUUUCGCCCGAGCCUUCUGGCGAGGAUCUGUAUGGGCUGGCUAAGAAGCGUGGUCCAGUGAGUUGGUCUGGAACAGGGAUUAUCCAUUAGUACGAGAUGCACGUACCGGCGCGUAUUAACUGAAUUGUUAAACUUUACUGUCUCUAUGCACGCGGCGUGUCUGUGGUUUUGCGCGUUUGAGAGACUUGC